AUGCCAGCCUUCGACCCCGAACUCGCUGCUCUUAUGCCUCCGGUGCCGGCUGCUGGAAUUGCAGGAGCGCCGCAUCUACCGACUAUCGCCGAAUUGCGCGCCCAGUUUGACCAGUGCGUGACCGCGCCGUUCAAAGCAUACCAGGAGCCGCUCCUUCCCCCGUCAUAUGUGUACUCUUUGCGGGACGAGACGGUAGCGGUGGAGGGCGGGGAGAUUAUCGUCCGAACCGUCGUCCCCGUCGUGGAGGACGAGGGCGAGACCUUCCCUGUGCUCGUACACAUACACGGAGGAGGAAGAUGCGUCGGUAGCAUAGAGCUCGACGACUACUUCCUGCGCAAGCUGAGUGUCGAUCUCAAACUUGCCACUGUGAACGUCGAGUAUCGUCUGGCCCCGGAACACAAAUUCCCGACUGCGAUCAACGACUGCCUCGCGGCGCUUAAAUGGGUCGUUCCAAACGAACCCCUUCUCAAAGCCGAUCUCAACAAGGGCUUCCUUGUUGGCGGACACUCGGCCGGCGCGAGCCUCGCCGCGGUGGUUGUGCACGAGGCCAGGGACGAUCCGUUCUUCUCUGGGCCCGGGCAACAGAUCACCGGGCAAGUCAUCCGCGAACCCCUCGUCAUUCAUCCUGAGGUGUACCCCGACGAGCUGAAGCCAUUCUUACUAUCCAUGAAUGAGAAUGCGGACUUGCCUCCGAUCCCGCGCGCCUCCAUUGACCGCAAUAUCAGCUGGUACAACCCGCCCCCAGCGGACCCGCGCUUUUCCCCGCUGCUGUAUCCCUCCCACGCCAAUUUGCCACGCGCCUUCGUGCAGGGCAUGGAGCUCGACCCUCUGCGCGAUGACGCCCGGGAGUACGCGCGAGCUCUGCGCGCCGCGGGCGUCACGGUCCGCCAUAUCGAGUAUCCGGGCGUAACGCACGGGUUCCACUACGGCUACCCUGCGAUUAGCGCGGCGGUGAAGGUGCGCGCGGAUCUCGUGCAGGGAAUUCGCUGGUUGCUUGAGAAGGAGGCGUAG